CUCUUGCAACAGUAUUCCUUGUUUCAAAGACCAUCGCCAUUUUCUUCUUUUCCCCUCUUUCGCUCUCCCAAUUCGGCCAUGGCUUCGUACCCUCAAAAUCACUUUCAGCAAUUUCUUCAGCAUCCAUCCUCACAGCCGCAGCAAUCCAAACCCUUCUUCAGGGAUUUUAGCAACAACAACAUGGAGGGGCAGAUUUCUCAGCAAGUGAACUAUUUCAACACCCCCAAUCUCCUUGAUCAUCACCCCCCUUACAUCCCUCCUUUUCAAGUGGCUGGUUUGGCACCCGGCCCGGUUCAAGAAGAAAACGGGCUGGAUUUACACUGGAAUUUCGGGCUGGAGCCCAAGAAAAAGAGGCCGAGAGAGCAAGUUUUUCUGGAGAAAACUAACAAUAAUAACAAUAAUGAUAACAAGUCCCAGAUAUCCUCUGCGGAUUUGUUGCAGGCCCGAUCAGUGUCAACCGGGCUCGGGCUUUCGUUGGAAAAUUCGCGACUGGCUUCUUCAGGUGACUCGGCUUUGCUGGGGCUUGUGGGCGAUGAUCUUGAUCGUGAGUUGCAAAGACAGGACGCGGAGAUUUAUAGAUAUAUUAAACUUCAGGGGGAUCAUCUGAGGCAAGCUAUUGCGGAAAAGUUUCAAGCAAAUCAACUCCAGAUAAUUUCACAUGUUGAAGACAAGGUGCUUCAGAAACUUCGUGAGAAAGAAGCAGAGUUGGAUGCUAUCAACAAGAAGAAUAUGGAGCUUGAGUUGCGAAUGGAACAGCUUGCUUUGGAGGCCAAUGCUUGGCAACAACAAGCCAAAUACAAUGAGAACAUGAUCAACACUCUCAAGCUUAACCUACAGCAGAUUUAUGCACAAAGUAGAGAUAGCAAAGAAGGGUGUGGAGAUAGUGAGGUUGAUGAUACAGCCUCCUGCAGUGAUGGUCGCCCUGUCAACUUCCACCUGCUUUGCAAGGAUAGUAAUUACAUGAAGGAGUUGAUGAUCUGUAAGGUUUGUAGAGUGAAUGAAGCAUCCAUGCUUUUGUUACCUUGUAAGCAUCUGUGCCUGUGUAAAGAUUGUGAAAGUAAAUUGAGUCUUUGUCCGUUGUGUCAGUCCUCUAAGUAUAUUGGCAUGGAGGUUUAUAUGUAAUGGGAUGAUAUGAAUCUAGAUGUAACAUUCUUGUGACAUGAACGGUUAACUGUUUUAUCCUUGUAGGACCCACUUAUCUUCGUAUGAUGGUUACGACCUGCAGUUUCCUGAAAA